AUGUGGCUGACUUUGAUUUUGCAAAUCAUUUUGCCGAGUUUGUGGAGUCUGAACUUCUGGCAUAAGAGUACUCUCCUUUUGCUGAGUUUGAGGAGGCUGAGGCUGAAUAGUUUCCAUGUUUCCCUCGAACGUCGGAUUCGCAUUUUCGCUUCGUAUAACCAUCAGUUAUUGGCAAACCCUUGUUCACUUUGUCGGAUGCCAUAUCAGUUUUUCGGGCACAGCCAAACAAUCUACUAUUGGGUAAAAAAAUCUGUAAACAUAAAGAAGCAAGAUAAAUCUAGAGUCUGCAGACCUCGAGUUCCUCAAGAACACACUGAUGCAAAAGAGAAGGCGGGCUAUAACUUUGUAUUUGUUUUCUCUGAUGUGCCAAUGUGUUGUUAUGGCCGCUAUGGCUGCUGUUGUGUGUGUUUUGAGGUGGUUCUAUCUGCUGGGCUGCCGGCCUUCUCGAGUUCUGGUCGAAAGUCAGUUUCUUUUGUUAAUGAAUUCUUCUUAGUGGCAGGAGGCUUCAGGGCAAUUCAUUCCAAGGUCCGAUACCCCAAUCGUUUUCCAAUUUAA